AUGGUAGAAAAUGCCAACUCUCGUUGCCCGAUCCCAGUUGCUACGCCCGGUACCAUGGGGCUAAAUACCGGGCCCCUGCCGUCUUUGGUUGAUGAGCAACCAACAACCAGCACUGCAUUUGCCGCAACUGUUUCUCACCCUUCAACGCCAUCAGCUUCAUCACCUUCUUCACCAACUCUUCCACCAGCAACUACUACAUCAUCUCCACCAGCCGCAUCUGCCCGAAAAGAAGAUGUUCCUCUUCCCCAGUCCCAUCAUGGGAAUUUGGGGCAAAAUUAUGCUCCCCCCUCAGAAGAUCCGCAAAGAGAGGAUGAGCGUUGCUUUCUCGAAAAAGAUUGGGAAAAGAUACAGGCUCUCUCGGGAGAGUGCUUGUUGAACAAUGCCAUGCACAACACCACAGCGGCCAACUUCCUUGAUUACGAGGGCCUCCAGAGGUUGAUUCGAGAGAAAGAAGAACUUACCUCCGCACGAGAUCAACUUUUGGCCGAGCGGGAGCAAACUAUUGCUCGCCUCUCAGAAUUGGAAGUCAAAGUUGCUGAGGUUGUUGCCCAAGGGAUCGGUCUGCUGAGGGUUCAAUUUGAUGAGGCCAAAGCCAAAUGGGCUAAGGUCCAUAGUGUCGUUCUUGUUGCAUCCGAACGUGAGGCUGCCACCGUUGAAAGAUUGACCAAUUUAGAGGCAACCUUGAUCUCCAAAGCCGAAGAGCUUGCUGUUGCUGGGGUGAAAUAUGCCCAAUUGGAAGAGAAGUAUAGGAGGACCAUCGAGCAUAACAGACUUUUCAGCUCUACUGUUCGUGAUCUCGAUGUUAGCCUCCGGUCCGUGAGGUUCGCAUGGGAGAACCUUUCUGCCAAGGCUAAAGCGGGUGUUGUUGACUUUGAUGCCGAAAUCGCUAAGACCCAUGAGCUGGAGUUAGCUGCAAAAAGAGGUCUUCCGGCCAGGCCUAAUGCUACCGAUUCUUCUAGUUCCGAUUUUGAGUUCUCGGGAACUGAAGAGGAACCGGAAGGUGAUGAUGGUGAGGGAAAAAAUGAUGAAGGCCAAGAUAUCGAACCGGCGGCGGAUCUAUCCACUUCCCCCGGGCGUGCGGACGCUUCACUUCCUCCGCGCUCCGGAGAUGCAGCAGUUUAG